CCUUCAGGAUGCAAUUGUUCCCUUCCCCUCAUCCCUCACACAGCCCUCCCCUCCCUGCUCUCCCUCCCUCCCUCAUCUCCCUUACCAUGCUGUCUCUUGCAGGCUGCCAAACAAAAGGCCCUCAUGGGGCCUCGCUAGCAACUUCAAGCUUGUCUAAUAUGUAGAGACUCCUCCUUACAGGAUUCUCUCUUUCCCCCGGCGUCUGGCUGGUGAAUAGCUGCUAUAUUCUUUGGAUACCACAGGAGGGGCCUCUUCAGCGAUUCCUAUUUCUCCAGUACUCUAUGGUCAGCCCAUGCACUAGCCGGGAGCACACAGGAUACUUGCAUUGGCAGCAGCAGCAGCAGCAACUGUGAGGCUGCAGUACCAACACCGGCUGUGUGUGUCCUGUAGCUGCUAGGGGGGAACUUAGUGCAUCACAACAGAUUCCCCUCUCUUCUUAUCAUUGGCAAGUAUAAUGAUUUCCUCUCCUGUGGGCAGUGUAGCAAACGUGUAGGCUAUUGGGAUGGGAUGGGAUCUGCAAACAGGAACGUACAGAUGCCACACAAGUGACGGACUGCUGGCUCCCCACCUGCACAUGUAAUGCUCCCUGAGGUAUCCGGCCGGAGCAUCCCUGUGCGCUCUGACUGUGCGACAGGAUUGUUGUGGGAUGUACUGAUACAGAACUGAGGUGCUUCUGGCAAGUCAGACUUUUAUGCUAGCUGCAAAUGAAGAAAGUGGUGGGACCGUGCGGUAUAAUCACGUUCCAUGUUCGAGAAAAUAUUGCCCACACCAUGGUGCUUUUUACAUUGCCAUAAAGCAGAGGACUGGAUCCUUCAUAGGAGGAAGGAAAUCAUCUAGAAUAAAACAGUGGAAAUGAUGCUGAAACAAAGACAUAAAACACCAAGCUUAUAAGACAGUUAUUAAGAUAUGGAGAUUGGGGGCCUACCACUUGAACUGUGGCGCUUGAUACUGGCAUAUUUGCCUCUACGUGACUUGGGACGAUGUGGCUUGGUCUGCCGAUCUUGGUAUGAUUUAAUUCUCAGUCUAGAUAACACACGAUGGCGACAGUUGUGCCUAGGGUGCGUUGAGUGCCGGCAUCCUAAUUGGCCAAUUCAGCCUGAUGUGGAGCCCCGAUCUUGGAGGGAGGCGUUUAAACAGCACUAUGUAGCAUCAAGGACAUGGACAAAGAAUGCACAAGAUCUUGAGUCCUCUAACUGUCUUUACUUAUUCCGGAGGAAGAAGGAUCGUAGAGUGCUUUAUGUUGGGUAUGGCUGUGAGUAUGAAAAUCUCAGGACAGCCCUGGCUUCAGCUAAUAUCUAUGAUCGUAUCAUACUCUUGCCAGGUGUAUAUGAAGAGCAAAAUGAGAUCACCCUGAAGAUUCCAGUAGAGAUUAUGGGCCAGGGAAAACUUGGUGAUGUAGCAUUACUUGUCUGCAUUGACCAGCAGUGCCCUACCUCUCGGCUAUGCAACUUGGUCUUCAUGCCUGCAUGGUUUACUCCAGUCAUGUAUAAGACAUCCAUUGGCCAUGUACAGUUUGAUAAUUGCAACUUUGAAAAUGGGCAGCUCCAGAUACAUGCACCAGGCACUUGCCAGGUUAAAUUUUGCACUUUUAACCAGUCCAGCAUCCAUUUCCACAAUGUUGCCCUCAGUGUGCUUGAGAACUGCGAAUUUGUCAGCAGCGAAAAUGCAUCUGUGACUGUUGAGGGCUCUCCCACAUCUGAUAAAAACUGGGCAUGCAAACAUCUUUCAGCCUGUGCCAAAUCAAGGAACAUUUUGUUUAAUGCAUCUGAGGCCUCACAUUGUGGGCCUGGCAGCACAGAUUACUUUGGGAAUGGAUUAUCUGGUGUACAUUUAAGGACCUGUGAGAUAAUGGUUAAUAGUGACCAAAGCUACUUGCUUUCUCAUGCAAAGUCCCAGCUAUUGGGUGACAAAGCAAGUGAUAAAGAAAAUGAAAUUAAUGGAAACAUUUACAGGUGCAAAGAAGAGGAAGCCAUGACACUUGACACGGACUACAGUGACAGCGAUGUGAGUACAAUCAGUGAGAAUGAAGAUGAUGAACAGUCGGUGUACAAGCUGUCAUAUCAUUCCCAUGGCUUAAGCCACAUGCUAGCCAAAUCCAUUCACUGCAGGCCACAGACUAAUCGGCUGCUCACCCUUCAAGGUGAUAUGUCAUUAAAAAGUUUGCAACAUGAGUUGCAGAGGGACAAGGAAUUACAGACUCUCGUUAACACAAUUCAAGGAUGUCUCAUACGAAAGUGCCUUUUUAGAGAUGGUAAGGGAGGAGUCUUUAUAUGCUCUCAAGGGCAAGCUAGACUGGAAGGAAGCAUCUUCAGGGACCUGACCUAUGCAGUGCGAUGUAUACAGAACAGCAAGGUAAUUAUGUUAAAGAACGAUAUUUACCACUGCAAAGCAUCAGGAGUAUUUUUGCGCCUGGCUGCUGGAGGCCUUAUUGCCGAUAACAACAUCCAUUCAAACACAGAAGCAGGAGUAGAUAUACGCAAAGGAGCCAACCCUGUUGUACUGUGUAACAAGAUACAUAGUGGCCUCCGUUCCGGCAUUGUUGUUCUGGGCAGUGGGAAAGGCAACAUCCGCAGCAAUCAGAUCUUUGGAAAUAAAGAAGCUGGCAUUUAUAUUUUAUAUAAUGGGAAUCCCAUUGUGAGUGGAAACCAUAUUUUUCAAGGGCUUGCUGCUGGUAUCGCAGUGAAUGAAAAUGGAAGAGGGCAGAUUACAGAGAAUGUAAUUCGUGAAAAUCAAUGGGGUGGAGUGGAUAUCCGUAGAGGUGGUGACCCAGUUCUGCGUAGUAACCUCAUCUGCUGUGGGUAUUCUGAUGGAGUGGUCGUGGGAGAAAGAGGAAAGGGUCUCAUUGAAGGAAAUACUAUUUAUGGUAACAAAGGAUGUGGUGUAUGGAUCAUGUCAUCCAGCCUUCCGCAUAUCACCAGCAACCAGAUUGGACACAAUGGUAUCUAUGGGGUGGCAGUCUUCUGUCGCAAAGAUGAUGCCAGUGACUACCUUGCUAACCAGGCCGGAAAUGAAAACUUUAAUGAUGAUGGAGAAGCGGCCAACUGGGAAAAUGAUUUGGAUAGUGAGGAUGAGCGGUUCUCUUCAAGAAGGCCUAUGAACGUAGCUCUUAUUGAGUCCAACAGCAUUAACCAUAAUGGAGCAGCUGGAUUGUACAUCAAAAGCAGUGAGGCGCUGAACAUUAUGGCAAAUGCAAUACAUGCCAACCAGGACUGUGGGGUUGCUGUGUUUCAGAGCACGCAGUUAACCAGGAUUGGAAACAACAGCAUUUCAUGCAACAGACUAAGCGGGGUCAAUGUGGAGGCAGGGUGCAGAGUGGAGUUGAGGGGAAAUGGUAUUUAUGAUAACAGAAGCCACGGCCUCACCUCCAAGGGCGAUGGGGUCAUAUUAGAAAAUGAUAUCAUUGGAAACCGAGGGUGUGGGAUCCAGCUAAUACAGACUGCAGACAUGAAGGUGACCAGAAACAGGAUCCAGUCAGUGCAUGAUUACGGCAUAGCACUCCUUGACCUAUCCAAAGGACUUGUGCAGGAAAACACAAUUUUUCAAGGAAAGGCUGGAAGCAACAUUUUGCAGCAAGUCUCUAAUGCUGAAGAUUGUAUUGUCCAACAUAACAAACUUCUAACCUUCAAAAAAAAGUCUGAUGUAACCUGGACAUUAGAGAAUCCACCUGCACGGCCAUAUAUUGAAGGAUGCACAAGAGGCGUCUCUAGCACGCAGAGCACCCAAAGAGUUGCAACAGUGACUACCAGAAUAGCAGCAAGAGUUGAAGGACGUUGCCAUAACAAUGGCAGUAUCUUCUGCACAAUCCUCUGACUGUAACAUAGUUUCACCGAAUUCUUUGCUUGAGGAAUAUUACUGGAGUGGAACAGACAUUUUGUGCCAUGAAAAAGGGAGUAGGCACCACCAAAGAGCAGAUUUCAGAACAGUCUCCGUGUUACACUGACCAGCACUAUCUUGUUUAAAACAUGGAAGAAUUACUUCAAAUGGACAUGUGGGACAUGUGGGUGACAGGCAGCAUUAGCUACCCAAUCACACAUAACUCUUAUAAUUAUCACCAGUGUGUGUUGCUGACAAAGACAGAUGGCCAAUAUAAUAUUGUCUAUUUGGUGAGGAGGGGAAUGGGGGUUGUAAUUAAAAUAGUAAUGUCACCUA